AUGGCAGAGCAGCACGAGAAUGGCGGACAAUAUUUAAAGAGAAAGCAAAUAAGACAACCACCUUCAGUUCCUUUUCUUUGGGAAGAAAAACCAGGAAUACCCAAAAAGAAUUGGAAACCUGCAACACCUACCAUGUCUUUUCGUUAUGAUCAUCACCUCCCACCUCCUGUCAAGUUCGUCGCUUCCAUUCCUUUCAACUGGGAAGAAAAGCCUGGAAAACCUCUGCAACAUUAUUCAUCUCCUUAUAAUUCUCAACUCUGUAACACCAACAAUGGAGUCGAAGCUGCUAAAAUAUUUGAUUUUGAAACUGAUGAUUCCUUCAGCUCUGCUUCUUCUGUUCUACCCAAUUGCCUUAUGGUGCAAUCGGCAUCAGUAAUUUCCAUGGAGGAAUCGAUUGAUGAUAUCUGGGUUCAGAUGGCUGGAGAAACUCCUUCUUCGCCGGCUUCUGAAAUUACAGAGAGUGGCAGUACGAGUAGUUAUGCGACUGGGAGAUCGAGCCUUGUAGGAUCUUCUUUCCUGGAAUGUCUGUUUCCUUUAUUUCCUCCCACUUCUGGGUUUCUCCAGAAAGUUUCCUUUUCUGAUGAUAUUGUUCCACCAAAUUUACAAGGCAAAGAUGGUGAUGAUGAUGAUGAUGAGAAUAAUAAGACGAGUGGCGAGAUAAGGAGACCCACAACACUAGGAGAGCUGAUAAUGGUGAGCCGGAGGAGAAGUUGUCAGAGAAAAGCUGCUCAUUUCAGAAAGCUCGACCUUUCAAUGGAGUUGAUGAAGAAGCGAGGUGUUGGCUGCUGCUGCAUGUUGACAAGCAGCAUGAUCAAAGUGAUGGAAGGAUUGCAAUGGAAGAAGCUCCAGCCAAGGCACAAAUUGGUGUAG